AGAAACUUCUCUGUAAGAAGGUUACAACCACAAACGAUCAGGGGCAAGUUUUGGUCAGCCACAGAUUAACGCCGUAAUGGCAGAAUUUUACAGUAAAGCAAAUGAGGCUUAUGUAGACGAGCAGUUUGAAGAAGCACUGCAGUACUACUCCCAAGCCAUUGAAGCUGAGGAUGAUAAUCCGGAAUUUUAUUUAAGGCGGUCACAAACUCAAGCUAAGCUGGAGAAUUUCGAGGCUGCUGAGAAAGAUGCUAGGAAAUCUGUGGAACUGAAUCCCAGCAAUCAUAAAGGACACCUUAGAUUAGGAGAAGCACUGUUUAAAAUGGACAAGUACGAGGAAGCUCUGAAGGAGUUUCAAGAAGCAGACACGAUUACGCCAAAUGAUAACAAUAUCAAAGCUUGGCUGAAGAAGUGCGAGCCUUUGGUUCCGAAACCGACCAUUGAAGAACCAAUUAGUGAAAAGGAAAGCAGUUCACAGAUCCCUGAGGCUCCAAGUGAACCAACAGAGAAGGAGAUUCCCAUGCCACCAAUUGAAAAACAAAGGUAUGACUGGUAUCAAACAGAAACUCAUGUUGUCAUUAACAUCCUGAUCAAGAAGGCAAACAAAGAUGAUGUUGAUAUUAAUUACUCUGAACGAUCAGUUAGUGCCACAGUGAAACAACCAUCAGGUACUGACUACAGCCUAGAACUUGACCUUGCUUAUGAGGUUGUCCCUGCAAAGUGCAUCACCAAAGUUUUGGGUAGCAAGAUUGAGCUGAAGAUGAAAAAAGCGGAGGGUAUCAGGUGGAGCAAGCUGCAAGGGGACGGAGAAGACACCAAAAAACAAGAAAAUAUUGUUCAAAAAUACCCAAGUUCCAGUCACUAUACAAGGAAUUGGGACAAAGUUGUCAAAGAUUUUGAGAAAGAUAACGAACCCACGGGAGAAGCGGCCGUUAAUCAUCUGUUCCAGAAGAUUUACGCCGAUGGAAGCGAUGAAGUCAGACGUGCCAUGAACAAAUCUUAUUCGGAAUCUGGAGGCACAGUGCUGAGUACCAACUGGUCGGACAUAGGGAAGAAAAAGACAGAAGUUAAAGCACCUGAUGGCAUGGAAUACAGGAAAUGGAAUCCAUAGAUGUGCCACUAACUUAUGAAUAUUCAUAGAUGUGCCAGUAACUUAUGAAUAUUCAUUGAUGCUUAUGAUUUUUCUUUACUACAUAUGCCUUCAAUUGAAGAUAAUGCAAAACACCAAGGAGCAACAUUUAAACUGUUUUUAAAGUUUUAUUUUUAUUAUAUUGAUGGAUUACUUACAAACCAAGAUAUUUUUCAAGAAUUUAAGAGAAUUCUGCUCAUACAGAUCAUAACGUCGCUGUCGUCAUAAUCAUCUUCACCAUUACCAUUUCCAUAAUAUUCAUCAAUUUUCUAGGAGUAUUUCUGUUUCAAACAGUCUUAACACUUUAUCAUGGGCCCUUCAAUGUUAUUUUUGUUUGCAUGUACAUUUUGAAAAAUUUCUUCCUAGUUUAGUGGGAAGUAAAAAUUAAGCAGUCACAUUAUUUGGUUACCAUAGAAAUUCGAACUGUUGGUAUUUUCAAAUAGUUGAUUAUAAAUAUUAGGGAGUUUUUGCAAGCUUACAAAAACGAUAACGAAUAGAGCUACGUCAUCAAAUUUUUAGACAACCCUUCCGGGCUAAACAGUAGCAUAUCUCUCACAACACAAAAUACCUUUUGCAUACUUGACAGAUCAUAUUCAGCUCGUACAGUAUAUUGUCAAAAAUGUUUUAACCACGAAUGGCGAUAAUGAUGAUGACGUAUUCGUUAUCAUUUUUGUAAGGUUGCGAGUUCUCCGUUACUUAAAAAUAAAAUAUUCUGUCCUUAAAAAUGUUAUGCGAUUAUUCAAAACUGUUUUAAAGGUAAUUUGUAAUUAUGAACAAGAUAUGAGAUGUGAAGAGGGGAAGCUUAAUUACCUUCCCCGGCCAUUGAAUCAGGAAAUUGGGGUGGGGGGGGGGAAGAAAAUUGAGAAUGAUGAACUAAAUCCCUAUUCCAAUAAUAAUGGUCAUUUUUAGUAUUUUAACUCACUUGGAACUAAUUUGCUGCCAUGGGGGUGAGUGGGUUGGAGGGAGGGAGGGCUUUGCCCAUGUAAAUGUUAUGAGAAAACGUACAGUACAGUAUAAUAACUGUAGGGAGUUCCGUUUAAUUUUUACUUUGGAUGUUAUUCUAUUAUCAACAUAUGUUUAACAUAUCACCCCAGGAAAAAUAUAUGGAUUUUCUGAAAAUA